GGUGGUACAUUCUAGAAAUACGUACUGAGGUUAACUAAGAUCUCAACGACACCAGGACGACGCUGCAGAUUCAACCUUUUGGAUCGCGUAAUUGCUUCUUCGCAAACCCAACCUUUCCCACCCCUUUGCCAGUGACGGUCAGUUCAAGAUGGCGCAAAAAUGUGUUCACCAGUCUUGUGGGAAGAUGUACACAGACCCCGAGGAGGAAUGUCACUAUCACCCCGGCCCCCCAAUCUUUCACGAAGGACAAAAAGGCUGGAAGUGCUGCAAGCCACGAGUCCUGACGUUUGAUGAAUUCCUCUCCAUCCCUCCAUGCACAACUGGCAAGCACUCGACGACCGACCUCCCGCCGACUAUCGAGAAGAAGGAGGUUGACCCCUCAGACGCUGCCGUCCCCUCCAAGCCUGCUACUCCCGCUCCUGAGCCUUCACGGGCUCCCGUCUCAGCAGCGCAACCGACCGCCACACCCCCACCUCCCCCACCAGAGUCAGAGUCCGAUGACCCAAGCUUAGAGAUCCCUAAGGGGAAGGUAUGUAGACGGAGAGCAUGUGGACAUCAAUACGAUGGCGGCAGCAGAGAGAAUGAGAAAUGUGUUUUCCAUCCUGGGGUUCCUAUUUUUCAUGAAGGUAGCAAGGGCUAUACCUGCUGCAAGCGGAAGGUUUUGGAAUUCGAUGAGUUCAUGAAGAUAGAGGGAUGCCAGACUAAAGACCGGCAUCUGUUUAUUGGGAGUGGGAAGAAAAAGGGGGGAAAUGUGGGGGGUGAAGAAGUAUUGGAGACGGUUCGGCACGACUUCUACCAGACGCCUACCACCUCCAUCGCGUCCUUCUUCCUCAAGAAAAUUAACAAAGAUACAGCAAAAGUAGAAUUUGCCCCCAACCAACUCUCCCUAGACCUCACUACAACCGAUACCCCACCGAAGCGGUACAAGGCUGUAGUUCCCCUGUUUGGCCCAAUCGAUCCGGCAGCGUCGUCAUUCAAGAUCAUGGGCACGAAGUUGGAGGUUACCUUUGUGAAGGCUGAUGGUACCUCGUGGCCGGUCCUGAGAAGUGACGAGCAGCGGACUGGCGAGAUUAUCCAAGUGGGUAGAGCCGGAAGAGUCUAG